GUCUACCGAGCAGCACACUUUGACUAUUACUAAUUCAGUCUCAGCUCACCUGGCGAGAGGUGCGGAACGGCGAUUGGAUUAGUCGGUUAAUUUGUUAUUGUUGUUGUUGUUGUUGAUGUGAAGCGGCAAGUUCUAGUCGUUAACGCCGCUUUCGGAAACAAACGAAACGUAACAAUCGUAAUAUAUUAUCUCAUCGGAUCUAGCACAAAAUUAGCUCAAAACCGUAUAAAUUGACGUAACGUAAACACGGGUGAAUGAGUGGCCAAUCGGUGGUACAAAUCAAAACGUUCUUCUUUUUCGACCAUCUGACGCAUACUUGUUCCAGUUAGACCAGCAAUCACACAUAAUUGAAGGUGUAUAAGCUACUUUUCGUGAUGGCACACGACCUUGGUUUCGAUCUCGAAGAAGCUUUAGAACGUGAGGAUUUGUGCAGGAAGGACCUGCUAGCUUUGCGCGAACCACCCAUCGAAGGUGCCCCAUCGAGUAUCACGGAUAAGCAGCUGAUUUGCUUCCUGGAUGCCUGUAACAAAAACAUCGAGGAAACACGAAAGGUUAUCAAAAUCUAUUAUGCAGCCCGCAAGGAUGGUCCAGAAUUGUUCAACAAUCGAGAUCCCCUAAGCCCGGAGGUACAGCAGUGUCUUCAGAAUCAAGAUUAUUUUCCUCUUCCGCCAACCUCCGCUGGAUAUUCGGUGAUUUAUCACCGGCUGAAUAAUCCCAAGGCAUCAAAUUAUAACUUCGAUGAGGCCGUUAAGACAUACUUCAUGCUGCUGGAUUCGUGUCUCUACUUGCAGGGUCCCCGACCCGGUUUAAUCUGUCUAUUCGAUAUGACAAAUGUCGGCCUAACCCAUCUAUUGCGAGUUAAGAUAAGCACAAUUAGAAAAUUCUUCCAUUACUUGCAAGAUGGUCUUCCUGCCAAACUUAAGGCCAUUCACGUGUUGAACGCCGUUUCGUUCUUCGAUAAAAUCCUGUACAUUAUCAAGCCAUUUAUGCAUGCUGAAAUUCUGAACAUGCUCCACUUGCACACUUCGAAUGCUAAUUUGGAGAAACUGUACGACGAGUGGAUUCCCCGCAGUUCACUUCCCUCUGACUACGGCGGAGAGCUCAAACCGGUAGCGGAAUUGCACCAAGAGCACGUUAGAAAAUUCGAAGAACUGCGACCGUACUUCCUAGCGGAGGAGCGCCAGCGGUGCGAAGACUCUUUGUUAAUAAAGGACGCCACCAAGGGAAUGAAAUCUCUAGAUAUAGAUUAGUAAUUUUAUGCUUAAGAGUUUAAUAAAUGUGAUACUAAUUUGUUCGAGGAAGAAUAUUUGCUUGGGACGAAUAAUGGAAUUUGAUAGCUGGGGUAUAGAUGUAACGACAAAAAUUGCCAAUUAGUGGUGGUAUAUACAAAAUGUUUUUAUCUUAAA